GAUUCUCAUUUCGGUUUGAGAGACGAAGCGGCUCUUCCUCGCUGCUCUCUCCCUCCAUCUUCCUCCUCCUUUUCCUCCUCCUCCUCCUCCUCUUCCUCAGACGGUCGGUCCGACUCCUCGCCUUCGCCGCCUCCAUCAUCAUCCUCGGAGCCAGUCGACCCCUGACCCUCACCAUGGCAACGGUCAUCAGCACGCGCUUCUCCGAUGAGUAUCAGCUGUACGAGGAGCUGGGGAAGGGAGCGUUCUCCGUGGUGCGGCGCUGUGUGAAGGUUCUAUCGGGUCAGGAAUAUGCUGCCAAGAUCAUCAACACCAAGAAGCUGUCUGCUAGAGAUCACCAGAAGUUGGACCGAGAAGCUCGGAUCUGUCGGCUGCUGAAGCAUCCCAACAUCGUUCGGCUUCAUGACAGCAUCUCAGAGGAGGCGCACCAUUACCUCAUCUUCGACCUGGUUACAGGUGGAGAGCUAUUUGAAGACAUCGUAGCAAGAGAAUAUUACAGUGAAGCCGAUGCCAGCCACUGCAUCCAGCAGAUCCUGGAGGCGGUGCUUCACUGUCAUCAGAUGGGCGUGGUCCACCGAGAUCUUAAGCCAGAGAACCUGCUGCUGGCCUCCAAGUCUAAAGGAGCGGCGGUGAAACUUGCCGACUUCGGCCUCGCCAUCGAGGUGGAGGGCGACCAGCAGGCCUGGUUUGGCUUUGCGGGAACUCCAGGCUACCUGUCUCCAGAGGUCCUGAGGAAGGACCCAUACGGGAAGGCGGUGGACCUCUGGGCCUGCGGCGUGAUCCUCUACAUCCUGCUGGUGGGCUACCCUCCGUUCUGGGACGAAGACCAGCACCGCCUCUACCAGCAGAUCAAAGCCGGAGCCUACGACUUUCCUUCCCCGGAGUGGGACACGGUGACACCCGAAGCCAAAGACCUGAUCAACAAGAUGCUGACCAUCAACCCGGCCAAACGCAUCACCGCCGCUGAGGCGCUCAAACACCCCUGGAUCUCUCACCGCUCCACCGUGGCUUCCUGUAUGCAUCGCCAAGAGACGGUUGAAUGUUUGAAGAAAUUCAACGCCAGGAGGAAGCUGAAGGGGGCCAUCCUGACCACCAUGCUGGCCACCAGGAACUUCUCCGGAGGAAAGAGCGGCAGCAACAAGAAGGCCGACGGAGUCAAGGAGUCGUCUGAGAGCACCAACACCACCAUCGAGGACGAAGACACCAGAGUGAGGAAACAGGACAUCAUUAAAGUGACGGAGCAGCUCAUCGAGGCCAUCAGUAAUGGAGACUUUGAGAGCUACACGAAGAUGUGCGACCCGGCGGUGACGGCGUUCGAACCCGAGGCUUUGGGGAACCUGGUCGAAGGCUUGGACUUCCACCGCUUUUAUUUUGAAAACUUAUGGUCCAAGAACAGCAAGCCGGUGCACACCACCAUCCUGAACCCCCACAUCCACCUGGUGGGCGACGAGGCAGCCUGCAUCGCCUACAUCCGGGUCACGCAGUACAUCGACUCCAACGGCACGCCGCGCACCGCCCAAUCAGAGGAGACCAGGGUGUGGCACCGCCGGGACGGGAAAUGGCAAAUCGUCCACUUCCACCGCUCAGGAUCGCCCUCCACCCUCAGCAACUAAUGUCCUCCUCCAGAGUGGGCGGGGCUCUAAUGGGGCUGCUGUCGCCUUGACAACGGGAUGAUUGACAGCAGGCCAGUUGUUGUCUGACACCAACCAUUCAGGAUUUUCUUUGAGGCGUUGGAGGAGGAGGCUGCGGGGUCAGAAAGCUUCAGUCAUCCAGCAGUGAAUCCCAUCACCAAUUAACCAAUCAGUCAUCCAACCAAUCACACGGCUUUGUAACCGACCAAUCAGCUCGCUCCGUGCAGUGGGUAGGAAACCUUGUAUCUCCAGCUGUAUGCACACAGCGCCCCCUUGUGGUCAGAAGCUCUCAUUGAUUAAAGUGUGUGGUUAGCUCUGACCUCUUUGAUGCUACUGAGCAUGUGCAGAAAGCUCUGCGCUUUCAUCAUCAUGUCAGACGUUUAUUAUCAACUAAUCUGAAUCUGAAAAUCAUCAGAACCAAUCACAUUGAUCCCAAGGAGCCUGAAGUAGUCUGAGACACAAGGUUUCCCCCUGCUGGUCACUUUUGAUAUCUGCAGUAAUAAAUAAGAUUUAGUUUAUUGUUAUCUUUAGACUUAAAAUAUAAAUAAGUUGUAAUAUUGAUUAUCUGCUGAUUGCAGAGUUUAUUAUAACAUCUCAUUUACACACACACAUACACAUCUCUACCUGACAUGCACACUGCACCCUCUGGGGUUCAGAGAGUGACAGAAACUUCCUCCACUUUCGAUCUUCCACUAACACCACCCACCACACCUAGGAGGGCUUAACGAGCUAGCUUAACGAGCUAGUUUAACGAGCUAGCUUAGCGAGCUAGUUUAACGAGCUAGCUUAGCGAGCUAUCUGCUGCCUGCUCCUCCUCCACGGCUCUUUCAGCUGGAGGAAAUUUAUCGUUCUGGUUGAAAAGUUUUUCAUCUAGAAACAGGAAGAGGAAGUGACCUCAGGUCUGUGGACUUGAUGUCUGUAAGACUCGUUCUGCUGGGAGAUUCUAGGCGCUGCUUCAGUAGAACCAGCAGGUCGUUUCGGAACAAACGCAAAAACAGACGACCAAUCAGAACCACCGACACCAAACAACAGCCAAUCAGAACCACGACACCAUUCACAUCAACCUAAUACGAGUACUAGUACCAUGGUUGGUACCAUGUGUAGAGGUGAGUAAAUGGAUCAGAACUUGAACUGGACUGCAGGUUCUGAUCCUGUAUAUUUAGAUAAAACCUUCUAAACGGUACGGAUCACAGAUAUUGGGCUGAAAUGGAUCAGAACCAGCUAAACUUCCAUGAUCAUUAACCACCACCAGGUUCUGGCUGGAGAUCUAAUUGUGCUCGUCCUGCACAGUCCAUAUCCUGGUUCUGGUUCUGAUUGGUACUCUUGUUGGACUCGUCUGGACCUCUGUUAGCAGAACCACCAGGUUCUGUGGGUUUGUUCUGGAUCGUCACUGUUGGGUUUUUCGGAACUUGGGUCGACCUGGACUGAAGCAGAACUCAGCAGCUCCCUCUGGAGGUUGGUUCUGAUGGACCCUGCAUGGACAGCUCGUGUUUCUUCCUCCUCGGUGCCAGUUCUGUACAGACUGUGUGACUCUCUGCAUGCUGGACUUUGUGUUUAGUGUUUGGGCUUCAGGCGCCGCCGCGUUCCGGCCGUUCCCGGCUCUCGGACCUUUCCGUCGCUAGGGUUUAACUCUGCUGGCAUUCCUCAUUGGGAUCAAUGGUGUCCGUUAGCCUUGAGCUAACGAAACGCCGCCGGUGCCACUUUGAUAUUCUGCCUUUUUGGACCCGUUGUGUUUGUCUCUGAAGCUUUCAGGAGCUUUUUACCGUCGGGAGAAUGUAGAACUUUGUACAAUCAGAUUCUUACCAUGACGACGAUGAUGAUGAUGAUGAUAUUAUACCUUCUUGUGUGGCAUUUGUAUAUUUGAAGCUUUUUAAGCUUCCAGCUUCCUGGUUUGGGUUUUUCCGUGUUUUAGCAGCUGCUGAAUGUUUUCCCUGCUGCUGCCCUUUGGUUCGCUUCACACUGAUCUCUGGGUCAUCCGGAGUCCAGGUUGAGGACCCAGGGGGGCGGGGCAUCGGGGGCGGAGCCUUCUAGCUAAGGUUUAGACAACUCCCACUGAUCCAACAGAAAGUUGAGUCAGAAAGCCGCUGCACCUUAAGGCGGGUCCAUCAGGUUCUGUUCUGGUGACCUGUUCUGUUCCUCCUGCUCUGAAUUCAUGCUUUCAUAUCAGUGGUGGGCACAAUAAUGCUAAUGCGCUAACAGCAGAGCUACUUUUUAGCUUCAGCGUUGUUGCCAACUUAUUUUGUCCUGACUUGAUUUUUCUGGAUAAAUUCUGAAGUGCUAAUUUUCCCAGCUAUUUUAUGAACCCUCAGUUGAAUAAAGUUGAACAUGAAUAGCAUGUAAACAUCAUUUUGUAAUGAACAUGGAAAUCAUAAUGUCAACAUUAAAGCGGUGCUGACGGGUUGUCAAUAAUCUGAAUGGCUUUACUGUUAGCAUUUGUUAAAUACCGUGUUGUUGUAGCGUGUUAGCAUUAGCGUAGCUAACUUUUUAGCUAGCGGUGCACACCACUGCAGAAAAUCUCUGUUUACGCUCCUGUCCCUUUAAGAUGCCCCCUCUCUGCUGAUUGGCUAGCCUGUGGACGAGCCCUGACCUUUAGAGCCAGUGUUUGCUGCAGCUGAUUGGAUAAUAAAUUGCCUCCAGAACGUCAGCUGCAGCCAGCCUGCAUUGCAAUGCCGCGCCUGGACUCCGGGUGGCGCCGCAGAGCGAACGGCUGUUUCCUACAGUCGCGGUGGUUUUUACAGCUGCACCUUCACUCUGAACUCUUACGACACUUGAAAGUAUUUAUUAGUGGUGAACGAUGCAAAAAUAUCUGAGAUGUCAUUUUUUAGAAACUUUUGCUGUUGAGGCUGAGUCGAUUCCUCUCCCGAAAAGAAUCGUUCUGCUGCAGGAUCCGCUUCAGGAUCCGCUUCCCGACUCAGCGGCGCGGCGGCGUUAAGAUGUGGGAUCUCACCUCUCCGCCGCAGCUCUGCAGACAGGAAGCAGGAAGAAGCUCCAGACGUUAAUAAGUUAAUAAAUGAGCCGGCUGAAUGUAUCCCUGCUGGUUUAAGGUC